UCGGCCUCCCUCCUAUUCCUGCUCGGGCGCGGCUCCACUCCAGCUGACCUCACAGGACACAGCAGUCGCAUCCUCGUCUUGUCGCUGCUCCCACCGAUUCAACAUGUCGUCUGUAUGGGCUGGUAACAGGGGAACCGUGAAGGACUUCCCAGGUUUCAGUGCAGGCAGAGAUGCUGAUGCAGUUAGGAAAGCCAUCAAAGGCCUCGGGACCGAUGAGGAUUCCUUAAUCAAUAUUCUUACACAAAGGUCAAAUUCGCAGAGACAGCUUAUUGCAAAAGAAUAUUUGGCAGCAUGUGGGAAGGAACUAAAGGAUGACUUGAAAGGUGAUCUUUCGGGAAACUUUGAACAUCUUUUGGUGUCUCUCAUAUUGCCUCCAGCGAUAUUUGAUGCAAAACAGCUGAAGAAGGCUAUGAAGGGUACAGGAACGUCUGAAAAUAUCUUGAUAGAAAUCCUGGCAUCACGAACUAGCAAGCAGAUGAAAGAAGUGGGGGAUGCUUACUACUCAGUAUAUGGUAAAAGCCUUGGAGAUGAUAUCAGUUCAGAAACAUCAGGUGACUUCAGGAAAGCAUUGCUGUUCUUUGCCAAUGCCAGACGUGAUGAAAGUCCAAAAGUGGAUGAACAUCUUGCUAAAAAGGAUGCUGAGAUUCUGUAUAAUGCUGGAGAGAAAAAAUGGGGAACAGAUGAAGAUAAAUUUAUUGAAGUACUUUGUUUGAGAAGCUUUCCACAGCUUAGGCUAACAUUUGAUGAAUAUAAGAAAAUCUGCAAUAAAGCUAUCGAGGAUAGUAUCAAAAGUGAGAUAUCCGGUCAUCUGGAAGAUCUCCUGAUUGCAAUAGUGAAAUGUGCAAGGAGUAUUCCUGCUUUCUUUGCUGAAAGGCUGCACAAAGCUAUAAAGGGUGCUGGGACAGAUGAAUACACUCUGACAAGAAUAAUGGUCUCCAGAUCAGAUAUUGAUCUUGUGGAUAUCCGUGCGGAAUACAAGAAACUUGCUGGGGAGUCUUUAUACUCGGCUAUUAAGUCUGAUACCUCAGGGGACUAUGGGGCAGCCCUGCUAAAGCUCUGCGGAGGUGAUGACUGAAAUGAAACGUAAAUGUUUACUGCUGGGAUGAAAUAGGACCUUUUUAAUAUCAUGGACACUGUUAUGUAUUGUGUUCCUGCUGCAUGUUAACACUGCAGAAACUCCUGAUGUAUUACUAUGUAAAGCAACACUUUUUCAGUGAAGCCUGACACUCUGAUGAUUAUUUCUUUUGUCACUACUUUUGUAUGUGUUUGAUACUU